CAUUUUAAUAUAAGUAGCUUAGAGAAAAUAGAGAAGCAUUCUACUCACAUAGGUUUAGAUGGAAAAGCCACACGCCCUGCUCAUACCGUUCCCGGCACAAGGUCAUGUCAAACCUUUCAUGGAGCUUUCCUAUCGCUUGAUCGACCGCGGGUUCAAGAUUACAUUCGUUAACACAGAGUUCAAUCACUCCCGUGUCGUGGCUGCGAGCAGUGAUCACAGCCAUAUUCGUCUUGUCGCAAUCCCAGACGGGAUGGCACCUGACGAAGAUCGCAACGAGGUUGGCAAGCUAUGCGACGGUAUUUUUCGUGUAAUGCCUCGAGCUUUAGAAGAAAUGAUACGUGAUGUCAAUGAAUCGGAUGACGAUAAGAUCACAUGCAUCAUCGCGGAUGCAAGCAUGUCAUGGGCUUUGGAAGUAGGAAGGACGAUGGGGAUUCGAGGAGCUGCGUAUUGGCCCACAUCGGUCGGCCUCUUGGCCUUAAUCUUACACAUUCCUAAGCUGAUCGAAGAUGGAGUAAUUGAUACCGACGGAUUUCCUUUGAAGGAGCAGAUAAUCGAUCUAUCCCCUACUUUACCUGCAAUGAACACGGCUCAUUUCUUCUGGCUUCACAUUGGGGAGGACCCCACCGCACAAUGUUCCUUCUUCCGAUGCUUGAACCAUAUCAAUCAAGCCAUCAAAUUAGAUAAUUGGAUUCUUUGCAACUCAUUCUAUGAGAUGGAACCAUCAGCUUGCGACUCGGCUCCAAACAUCCUGCCCAUUGGACCAUUGCUUGCAGGAGGCCGGCCUGGUCAGCUUGAAGGCAACUUCUGGCAAGAGGACUCCACUUGCCUAAGUUGGCUCGACCAACAACCUGCCCACUCAGUCAUCUACAUUGCCUUUGGCAGCUUCACUAUCUUCGACCGACGCCAGUUCCAAGAGCUGGCACUUGCACUUGAACUUUCCGGCCAUCCGUUUCUAUGGGUUGUGCGGCCAGACCUCACAGAUGGAUUGUCGGAUGCCUACCCAGAUGGCUUUGAAGCCAGAGUGGCAAACCGUGGGAGGAUUGUAGGUUGGUCACCUCAGCAGAAGGUGCUGGCACACCCGUCGAUCGCAUGCUUCUUAACCCAUUGCGGGUGGAACUCAACCAUGGAGGGGCUGAGCAAUGGAGUUCCUUUCCUAUGCUGGCCUUACUUUGUAGACCAGUUCGUUAACCGGACAUAUAUUUCUGAUGUUUGGAAGGUUGGCUUAGGACUGAAACCUGAUUCCGGUGAGAUCAUUACGAAAGAAGAGAUCAAGGCAAAGCUGGAGGAAUUGCUUGGUGAUAAGGGGAUAAGAGCAAGGUCUUUGGAGCUCAAGGUGAUGGCUAGAAAGAGUGUCGGUGGAGGAGGAUCUUCGUCGAAGAAUUUCAAUAACUUCAUUGAAGAAAUGAAGUUAGAGAAGUGCUAGGGUGAGCAAUAUGCAGGUCAUUCUUUAGUUGGGAGCAGCCAUGAACAUGCCCUGGCCAUAGAAUCAAGCUAGCUCACUCGUCGGUUGGGCGAGAAGAAUUGAAAAAGAUGACCAAACAGUCUACAUUCGUACAUUCAACUUACAUGUGUGGUCCAUUCAAUGAGUGAACCUUCUUGAUUUUUAAGUACUCUUGAGCAUAUUCACGUUGGCCUCACCUGAUGAAUGACCAAGAUCUCACACACGUACUACAUUGGCAUGUUGCCCCAUGAAUCACUUGUUCAAUCACUCCUUUAGUUCUUACAUCAUAAGAAACAUGAAUGAUUGAUGGCUUGGUGUAUGUACUUCUAUUUCUUCAAGCUGAGGCGAUCAAAUCACAAGGACAU